UACCCAGAGUGUCAGAUGAAACCCAGCUACCAGCUCGUCCACAGUGCAUUUACACUGAAAUUACCCCAGAAGCAAGCAGGUGGUUAUCUGAAGGUUCAUGACAAAGCUUCGGACAACAUUUUUAUCCGUCCGGGGAUAUUUUCUCGUAACGCUUUCAGGGGAAUUGAUAGAGUUGGAGCUACCGUUUUUUGGCCGUUCUUCACCGCAAGGACAUGUUAUGGAAGGAGGGGCCUUAAAGUGAAGAAGACCAACCCAAGCAGCCCAAAAAUAACCCCCCAAAACUUCGGUUAUCUCUUCGGAAUGAGUCUUCUCUUCUUAACCGGAUGAAAUGCCUUGACCCUACCCCCACCACGCCAUGGCAGGUUUAGUCUCCACUGUGGGUUUGAUGGUGAUGCUCGAGGCUCUUAUGCACACCCAUGGCCGGUGUGCAGCGUUUCUGGGGAUCACGGUGUUGGUAACAGUGAUCGCAGCUGACUCACCUGUUGCAGAUGAGUCUUCGCUGAACUCCACACACCACCCCAUGGGACGUCUGGGAGAUAUUCCAGAUCCCCUGGGGUCAUCACCAUCAGCCUUACCAGACUCAUAUUACACUGCCUUUGAGAGCCCAGACUCACCUGGUGCCCUGCCAUCAGUUCCUCAACCAGUCCAUGAAGCCAGGACUGCUGAGGCAAUUGCUUAUGAAAACUCCAAAUCCAACACACCAAGGGAUGCCCUCACAGAAGAGCCACAUACUCUGACAACUCCACCAUUAAACCCCUUUGAGCCUCUACUUGGUUCUGGUCCACAACUUGAGGCACCAGCAAAACUGUCUGCAGACUGGAAAAUGAGUAGUACAAAUUCAGAUCACAAGUUGUCUUCUCUCUCCCCAACUCCUACAACAUCCCAGCCACAGCUCCAGUCAAAUACAUCCACAACAUCGCUAAGCCCCUCUGCUUUUACGGGAUCAAAACCUCAACUAAGUCUUAACUCUGAGCAGGAAGCAACUUUUAGCAAGCAACAGGGUGGUGCAUCAGAGCAAACACUUGCAAUCAUGACCUCAAAACCUGGUCAGCCUUCUCUUGAGCCUCCUAAUCUGACUUUUGCUGAAUCUUUACCAGAUGAAUUUUAUAGUAAAAUAGUGGAUGAAAACCAGCUGAGCCCCAGCAGUGCCCACUUGGAGGAGAGCAAACGGCCACAUUUCAUCAACAUGCUACCCAACCAAGAUGAAAUUCUGUCUCCUGGCUACAAUGUGCCUUUCAUCGCCGCCCACCCUUCAUCACCUUCUUCUGAGCCCACUGAGGUUUCUCCGGAGGACUUCUACCCCACCAACACCAUGGAAUUGGACUGGGGGUCUGGGGACUACUUGGAGACCAUGUCCUUCUUUGAUACAGAUAGAGACGACUACUCUCUGGUCACCAAGGUGCCCUCUGACUCGUAUGAUAUGGAGGACUAUACAGAGACCUAUGACACAUCCUUCCCGUCCAGGGUGGGCAUAUCCCCCUCAUCCUUGCACCCUCUUCAUGUCUCACCUUCCCCCAGCCUCGUAACAGCAUACAGCACCAUCAGGCCACUGAAAUCCAUUUAUCCUUCCUCAUUUUCCACUACAGUUCAGUUUACAGUGGAACCCACUCCCACAGCUGACAGUGACAUACCCGACUUAUCAGACAUAGACUGGCCAGAUACUUUCACAAUCCAGCCAACAGAUGUCCUCUUACCUGACAUGAACAGUUUGGAAUACUAUACCACUCAGCUGACCAAGGAGAACAACGGUUCAGAAGCUGGAGCUGAACACAGAGGGAAUGUAACUGUGGUGUCCAUCAGUUCCACAGACAUCACACCCACCAGUGGCUUCAACAAUAGUACCAAACUGACUGAGGUUGAGUCCUCCAGUGAUCUGUCCGGCUUUGAGCCUCACGAUGAAUCAACCACAUUAGUACCUACGGAGGAGAGUCCUGUUUUGGUCAAUGCCUCUGAGCCUUUUCUCGAUCCUUCAAUAGUCCCAAACCACUACCUUGAUCCCUCCUCUACCAUGUGGGGUAGUCAGGUGUCAACCACAAACUGGUCUCCACAUUCACUCACUGUUAGCCUGGACAGAACUGCAGUAACAGAAGCUGUGCAACCCACACCUUUGCUGCCAGAUGAUUUAAUAUCUCCAUCCUCUCUGACGGAUGUCCAUUGGUUUGUUACAGAGUCUUUCGCAACUGUAGCCUUCUCACCUGCUCCCACUGAACCUGCUGUCAAUGACACAGAAUUAACCCCCCAGGACUCUACUUAUACAACUGAACAAACUUUAGUUUCCACUGAAUCCACAUCUCCUAGCGUCACUCUGCCCCCCCUAGUUGUCUCGGGUAAUCAGGGGGUGACCGAAGAUGGAGUUGACAUCCCUGCCACAGUGACCUUGAUCCCAGCUAGCAGUGAAGUUAAUACAGACUCUGCUGCACCCAAAAGUACAACUGCCACAAAUACUCCUCAUCAAGCUACAACUAGAUUUACUGCCACCACUAAAGCCUCAACUAGUGUCAAUGUCAUCCCCACCACUGGUGGUAAGACCGCAGCUACAACAUCAAGACAAUACCUCUGUGACCUUGACAGGCCAGCUUAUUUAAUAAAAAUAGGUUUUCCUUCUGGAGCAACUGUUGGAUAUGCCAAAUCCCAAGUCAGAGACAUACUGAAAGGGGAAUUCAACAAAUCAGUGGAGCUACAGGUUGUGGACCCCCCACCAAAAUUCGUGUUUCGCAUCGUGUCUGGUCCCGUUGUGUACACAGCCAUAUCUGUCAUCAAUGCUCUGCGAAGGUCUGGCCGCCGCUUCCUGUCUGUGUCUCCCAACUGGAUGACCCCAGACAGUAAAUAUCAAGUCCACUCAGUGCUGCAGUUUGUUCCCGUUCGCAUAGAUGUCCGGUUCUGCAACUUCAGUGAGAGCAUUGAGAAAGGCUUGACCAUGGCCUUUGCAGAAGUACGCCGGCGCUCAAAGGAGUCCACCAACUUCACAGUUCAUAUUGUAAACAUCACCAUGGCUCCACCUAAAUAUGAGGAUCAGCGACUUGUGAGACAGCCGGUGGACAUCACCUUCACUGUUCGUGGUUCACGGGGUUAUCUGAUGGGAUCAGAGGUCAGCAACGCUCUGAUGAAGCUUACAGUGGUGGAAUUCAGUUUUUACAUGGGCUUUCCGGUACUACAGAUAGCUGAACCUUUUCAUUAUCCAGAGUUGAACACCAGCCAGGUGCUUCGCUCUUCCUGGGUUAGAACAGUGCUCCUGGGUGUGCUGGACCAGAAAGCGAGUGAGAGGACCUUUCAAGCUACCAUGGAGCGCCGAGUGGCCAUGUUACUCGGGGAGGCAAUGGGAUUAGGCAGACGGGUUAAAAGAGCCACCACCACUGGCAACAGCAGUGUUCAGAUUGUAAGUGCAAGCCGGCUGGCGGGUGCAGACCACCCCUUAGAAAUAGUGUAUUUUGUGGAGGGUCCCAGUGGUCAGAGGAUGCCUGCUGUCGAAACCGCUAACCUGCUGAACAACCUGGAUGUUCAAAGGGCCGCCAUUGUCUUGGGAUAUCGUGUACAGGGCAUUUUGGCACAGCCUGUAGAAAAGGUGGCGUCCUCACCGUCUGACACCGAGAACAACAACAUGUGGGUCGUCAUCGGGGUGGUGAUUCCUCUCCUCGUGGUCAUCAUCAUCAUUUCCAUCCUCUACUGGAAACUGUGUCGGACAGACAAGCUGGAGUUCCAGCCAGAUGCCAUGACCUCCAUUCAGCAGAGGCAGAAGCUGCAGGCUCCCAGUGUGAAAGGCUUCGACUUUGCCAAGCUGCACCUUGGCCAGCAGAGUAAAGAUGAUGUCAUGGUGAUCCAGGAGUCUGUCCCGCCUGGUCCUGGUCCCGGGCCCCUCCCUGUGUCCAUUAAAGAUGGCCUCAGUCCAUCUGAGAAUGGGGAGAUCCCCACGCCCAUUUCCAAAGCCUCCCUCUCCUCCACCAAGGCGUCCCGCACCAGUCGAAGGCGAGAGAGGGUCUCCCCGUCAGACGGCGACUCGGUGGUAAGUGACCAUUCCAGUGAGCGCGAAUCGACCGAGGAGAACCUGAGAGCCCACGCCACGCCCAGCGACAGCAAACACACCCGGAAGGUCCCCAUCAAUGUUUUAAAUGGCAAGAAUAGAAUUGGUCCUCCCCCUAUGAACGGUACAAGCGAGCAGCUGUCCUCAGCCUCCAUCUUUGAACAUGUCGAUCGGAUGUCUCGGGCCACAGACGCGAGCAGGAGACUCCCUAAUAAAGUCCAGCUCAUCGCCAUGCAGCCCAUGCCGGUCCCACCACUGCACAGUCCACCCAUCAACGGCAAACUGUCCGACACAAACCAGAUCAACAAAGAGAUUCAGGUAGCAUUGAGGCACAAGUCAGAGAUUGAACACCACAGAAACAAGAUUCGUCUGCGUGCCAAGAGGAAAGGCCACUAUGAUUUCCCUGCCAUGGAUGAUAUGAUCGGCGGCCUCGGAGAUGCAAAGGACCAAGAUCGCAUUUAUCAGAAAGCACAGACACAAAUCGAUAAGAUCCUGGACCCAGAUGCUCAGAUGCCGUCCAUCUUCAUGGAACCCAAGAAAAGUGCUCGAGGGAGGCGUUCUCCUAAACAGAGGAUGAAGGAGCAGCUGAAUGGAGGCAUGAUGGAAGCAGACAAAGAUCACCUCAUCACUGAUGACACUGACGGCGUUUACAGAAAGUGCCCCGGGGUCAACAAUAUUGCCUACGUGUCGGACCCUGACCAAGGCCCAGGAUCCCCUCACAGGAGCCCCUCCCCCACAGAUGACGUCUUCCUCACCCACGCUUCCUCACCUCCAGGCCAUGCCCCUCCCCCGCCCCCCUACAUGCCACCACAGCCCUCCAUUGAGGAGGCGCGGCAGCAAAUGCACUCCCUGCUGGACGACGCCUUUGCCCUCGUUUCGCCCACCUCUCAGGGCAGCACAGCAGGGAUCACCCUCCCCGGGGCCAACAGCAACCCCCCUGUCUCUAGCCCUCCAGGCCGAGGCUCCAGACCUUGGGGACCUUCUUACCAAGCUCUCGGCCCGACUCCUAGAUUCACUGAGCUGGGAAUGUCCUCUCCUGCAGUCCAAGGUCUGACACCAAGGCAGGGCCUUGGCUCGAGCUACCUGCCACCAGGAGAAACAGCGGGGCACGGUGAGCAGCUCCAAGCAGACAGCCUGUACUCCAGCAGGGGCCUCUACACCGAUGAGCUGCCCUCAUCAGCCAGGCCUCGUCCAGUAGGGGGAACUACAGGCGCCCAGCUCCAUCAUCUGACACAGGUGGGCCUGUCCAGCCGGAUGAAUGGUUACCCAGCAGGGGUCAGGGCUGCUCCAGGACAGAAUGGAGGCGUCGGCUGGAACCACUACCAUGAUGACAAUUUCUCCAGAGUAGAAACUGAAAAAGAUGCAUUCCUGGAAUGUCCUGAACACUCGUCCUCCUCUAUCUUCCAGAUGCACAGGAGUGGUCUGAGGGAGCCUACGGCACCCCCUGCCCACCUCGACACCCCAGGAGUGGGCUACAUGACAGCCCCACCGCCCCUCGAUACAUCUCCUCCCACACACUCCUCUGCCUCCCUGAUCAAGGCCAUCAGGGAGGAGCUGUUGCGUCUCUCUCAGAAACAGGCGGCGGUGCCCAGCUACCACAGCUGAAGCCCUGCUCCCAGCCUCCAGCUCUUACCAGUCAUGUCACUGACCUCGCCUGCCUGCUUCGCCUAAUCUGACAAUGCUUCCCAUGGAAGUCCCUGAGGCUGUACAGCAGAGAGAUCGUCCUGCUCAACUGAAGGUGAAGAGGCGGCUCGAGAUUUGUAACUGAAGAAGCUGCUUUUGUGAAAAGAAAUGAGUAACGGGAUGGUUGAUAGAGACUCAGAUCAGAGACUGUUAGGAACAUGAACAGUGUUUGCCGGACCAGAGAUGAGAGGAAACGGACCUACAGUACGGGGACUCGUCGUGCCUGUGUUUCUUUCCUGCACUUCAUUGUGGAUCAGGAAGGAUAAUAUCAAGUUCUGGCAACUGCAGAUCCACAUGUUGGACUUAUUUGAGAUUUUGCUGCAUUUCUUCAGACUCAGUAUUCUAUGUCAUGGUUUCAUUCUUACAUCGCCUUCACAAUCAGAAAGUUUUAACUAAUGUCUUUGUUACGUUACUUAGGCUACCGUAGAUUUAUUUCCUUCUUUCAACGCAGUUCCUUACCUUUCCACCAUCAGGUGCUACUCCCUAUUUUCUGCCACGAUGAGCCAUGCUAUGCCUUGACACUGUGACGUAGUUCACCUGACCACAUCUACUGUUGCCUACAGUGAGGUCAUAGUUCAGACAGCGGGCACAUAGGGGCAUCCAUACACAGUAACAACACUCAAUACUACCUAUUCUUUCUUUACUUAGCGCAGUAGAACCGUGUUAGUCUGAGUUGAUCUAUUCGGACCUCUUGACUUACAGUGUGUACUUGUUUUUCCAUGUUAAAGUCCUGUUUUAUACAUUAUUUUUAAUAAUGUUUUUGAUUAAUGUAACUGACAGCUAGACAAGAAGAAAAAUGGCCUUGAACCACAGAUCACACAUCAUUUCAGAGGCAGGUAUGUGUUGCAAAUAAUAAAUGACAGUAUGUACUUGACAGUUCUGGACUUUUAUUACUGUAUGUAUUCAGUAUUUGGUUGUUAUUUGAUGCACUGUAUGCAGACUACUUGGUACAGCUCAGGUCUUUCAAGAAAGAGAUUUCUUGCAGAUGAAUCGGUUAAAAGAUGCUCUUAAAGGUCAACGUGGAAGAACUGUAAAUUAGAGAAAGUCACAGACACCAGUAUUCUGUUUGAACAAAUUUGUCUAUUGACUAUAUACUGGACCAUCUUCUCUGUUUCAUGCAGUAUUUAAAGUUUGUUUUGCAUUUUUGUUAGCACAGGAAGGAGAGAAAAAAGUGUACUGUAUUUCUCUAUGGUUUACAUCAACCAGUCAUUUUUAAAAUGCUUUGAAUUAACUUUGCCUCGUGUAAUUAUGUUCACCUAAAUGUCUCUUAGUGGUUGUACUGGUUGAAACAUCAUUCUAGGUUACCUUUGUGGGUUUUUUGUAGACAUGACAAUCCCCUGACAUGUUGUGAUGUUUUGGGGCCUGAAGUGAUAAUUUAUUUAAGCGAAAUAAAAGAGAAAAUUAUGGAUUUUUAAAGCAGGGCUUGAAAAUAUGUCUUUGGAGUGUGUGCCAGUAUUAUAAAUGUCCCCCAGCAUAAGCCUUGACUUUUGGCAGUGAUUUGACGUCUCAUAUCUUUGUGAUUGUGCCUUUUGGACUCACCUGAGCCAAUUAACCCUCGUGUUGUCCUGCACGUCAAAUUGACCCGUUUUAAAGAUUGAAAAUGUGGGGGAAAAAAUAUUUUCAGUGAAAUUUCUGAUGUUCACAUUUUCAACAUUUUUUGGGGAAUCAUUGAACAUUUUUUGGUAGAAAAAAAAGUUUAAAAUGUUAAGAACAUUCACACAAAAAAUUACCAAAAUCCAGUGAAUUUUGCUGGAUUUUGGUUGAUUUUUUUAGUGAAUGUUCUAAAAGAAAAUAUUAAAAGUUUUACUGAUAUAUAUGUAAUCACUUUAGGUAUCUCUAGGAUUUUUUUUGGAAGAUUUUUAUGAAUUUUUUGAAAAUAUUUACAAGAAAUUUUUUUUGGAGGAUUUUUUAAAAUAAAACUUUUAAGGGAAAUUUUUAAGAAAUUAUUGGAUUUUUUUUUUCCUGAAGGUUUUGCAAAUUUUCAGAAAUUUAGGGAAUUUUUUCACAGAAUUUUUGGAUUUUUUUCAGAAAAGGAAACAAUAUUUUUUGGUGCCCGUAAAUGAGGACAACAGGAGGGUUAAGCACCACAGCAGACUGACAUUCUCUGUCAGUGCUGCAAUACUGUCAGUUAUUAGUCCUAAAUUAUAGCAAAGGUGCUUAAAGAGUGGGGGCCAAUCAUCCGCUCUUUUAUUAUAAACAAUUCUGUAACCUUUGAGAAGAUCAGCAGCAAAGUUUUCUAGGUUCAUCUAUUGCUCAUGCUCCACUGUCCACCAAGUUUCAAGAAGUCUACCCUGGUAGUUUUUGUGUACUCCUGCUUACAGACAAACCAACAAACCAAGAGAACGUUAACAUUCCAUUAUGGAUGUGGGAUACUUUGGAAAAUGAAUUGUAAAUGAAUGAAUGAAACAUCCAGGUCAUGGUGACAUAGUAGUUUCUGGUUGUCCAUUGCACCUCUUUGUUCAUGUUUUGUGUUACCAAUCUCACACUGUAUGCCUCCAUCUGCUGGCUCUGUACUGUAACUACAUCUCAUUGUGUUCAUCCUUAGUUGCUUUUUGUUGUAUUUUUUUGUUGUUGUUUCUUUUUAAAUCUUUUUCUACAUGUUAUGCUUUGUAAAAAAAAAAAAGAAAGAAAGAAAGAAAGAAAGAAAAAAGAUCUGUUGGCUGGCCCAACUCUGAUUCUCGUUGCAUGUUUAAUUGUUGUAUUUCUUUGUUGUUGUUUUUUGCGCAUGCUGUUUCAAAAGUUGUUGAAAUACAAAAAGAAAUUCUCACCCGA